ACUAGCGAGAGCAUUUCUACUAAGUUAACAUGAGAGGAGGUCCAUGGAGCGGCAAAGAGAAAAGGAUGGAAAAAAAUAGAGCAAGGAAAAGACAAAAACUGGAGGCAUAUUUUGUUCCUCGUCUUGGAGAUGGACUGAACUUUUUGUUGGCGGCGAUUCACACCCGCCAAAACUGGCAGCCCGGCGAAAGAGCCGCACUUGUUCCAGGUAGCAACUGUGACAUUAUUCACAAAGUGCAGCGGCGCAGCCCAGGGCGCACUGAGGUAGUCCGGGCUGGCUGAGAACGGACGCGUCGGAAACCUCCCCGGAGGGGCCCCAUGUAAUUCGAUGCACGCUGUUAAAGCUUAGAGUAUAUUGUCUUCCCUUUUCGCUUAUGAAGCCUCCACCCACCGGCCCACCCUACAUUUAGCGGAUCAUGUGACUCGGGAGUGAGAGGAGAGAAGAGGAAAGGGAGAGGAGGAGACGAGACAGAGAGGACUGUGGAAAGGAAAACAGUCUCCUAGUCUCCACGGCUCUGCAGCUUUUGACAAGGCAGCCUAAGAAACAGGAUGUUAAUGCUUGACGGAAUGCCUGCAGUCCGAGUCAAAGCCGAGCCCCUGGAAUCGGAACAAGGGUCACCUAAAGUUCGCCCUUACUCGGCGAUGGAUGGCAUCCCCUUCUUCCUCAGCAGAGUAAAGUCGGAACCCCCCGAGGAUCUGCUCGCCCAUGACCUCCACUUCCACACGCAGACAGAACCUGUGGACCUGUCAAUCAACAAACCCCGCCCCUCCUCUUUGUCUACCACCACCGCGAGCAUAACCUCCUCGUCGUCGCCCCCCCACAGAUCCGCCUUCUCCCCGUCUUCGUUGUCGUCCUCCUCAUCCUCCUCGUCUUCUCCGUCGGUUAUCACCUCGGCUUCCUCGGUGCUCACGCCGGGCCCCCUGGUAGCUCCCGGAAGCGGGGUGAGAGGUCAGCCGUAUUUGCACAUCCUGCAGUCCGUUCCGCCGCCUCCGUCCAGCCCCCUGAGCCUGCAGGGAGCCGGGAAGCUGGCUGGCCAUGUUCACCGCAUCCCAGUUGUGGUGCAGUCACUGCCCCUCAUGUACACCACUGCAGUGCGAUCGCCCUCCAGCCUCAACAACGCUAUCAUGCUACCUCUACUGGAAGAGGCCAAAAGCCAGGGCAAAGUACACACAGACCCCAAUGGCUUGUCACCGAGGCAGAUCAAAAGUGACAGCGAUGACGAUGACCUGCCGAACGUGACCCUGGACAGUGUUAACGAGACCGGCUCAACGGCGCUGUCUAUAGCCCGGGCUGUGCAAGACUCCAUGUCGCCGUUCAGUAUUGACAGCAUCCGACGCCCCCGGAGGUCAGAGUCACCUGACUCGAAGAAGCGAAGAAUCCACAGAUGUGACUUUGAGGGUUGCAAUAAAGUGUACACCAAAAGCUCGCAUUUAAAAGCACACCGGAGGACACACACAGGGGAAAAGCCAUACAAAUGCACCUGGGACGGCUGCACCUGGAAGUUUGCCCGCUCCGACGAGCUGACGAGGCAUUACAGGAAACACACGGGCGUGAAGCCCUUCAAAUGCGCAGACUGUGACCGCAGCUUCUCCAGAUCCGACCACUUAGCCCUGCACCGACGGAGACACAUGCUGGUGUGAAGCACAACGGGAGCGACUAAGAGAAGAUGUCAGCAGAACAGACGCAGCCACACACAUGCACACACGCACGCAGACGCACGCAGGCAGCCUCGGGAGCGGGAUCUCCCUCUGAAUGUUUUUCAGCUGGCCUGGAUGCCCAAACUUAUUCACGCAUACACACACGCACACACACACAAAUUGGAGAUGGAGAAGCUGGAUGGACGGUCGGAGCAGAAAACAGGGUGACUUCCAGAUCCUCUCUGGAUGGGAAGGAAGCGAUGGCGGGAUCUUUCUCUGUCAUCAGAUAAUGAUGGGAAACUGCUUUUAACAGCACUGUUUGUUGAUGUUUAGCUUUGAUUUUUUUUUUUUAAUUUAGGAUGAAGUGGCACUCUAUAAAUUUGGAUUUUACUCACUUUACAUUACAGCUGCUUUUCCAGCGUUCAUAAUGUGAAAGACCCCUUUGAAAUCAGAGCGGGAAGUUCAACCUGGUGUGGAUUUUAACAGGAAGAGACUUGGCCGGAGUUGGAUUUACAGACAGUAUUGUUUUUUUUUUUUUUUGUAUUGCCUUCCCGUGAGUUGACAAGCAGAGGGCAGUGUUUGAUCACGGAAGGUUUACUUGGACUUGGACCGUCACAUCUAAGGCGUUUUCUUCAAGGCGUUGAAUGAGGGUUGGACUUUCACCUUUUUUUCCGAAGCCAGCAAGUGCAAACAACUUCACAAGGAUGGAUUCAUUUUUACCCGCUUUCUCAGCCAUUGGCUGCAGGGACUGGACACACAAAAUCAUCAUCACACCAGCAAAGAAGCCCCACAUUAUCAUACGGACUUCAGAAAAACCCCAUUCUUCAUCAGUGCUUUUCUUUAUUUGAGCCUCUUUAAAGCAUUUUCUUAAACAAAUCUUAUGUGGAUUUUGAGCUGUGAUUAGCAAUCAGUAAAGUGCAAUCUUAAAGAAUAUAUAUAUAAAUAUAUAAAUAUAUACAAACUUUCAGUAUGAAAAUGUUUUCUUUAUUGAAUCUUGCUUCUUUUUUUUUUUAAAGUACCAGCUUAUCGCAUAUGUUUGAUUCUGACAAAUACCCGCUCAUGUACAGUGAAUCUUGAAACAAUCAGAGGAGAGUAUGUGGGAAAAAUAAAAAAAAAUAAAAACCCAACAGAGGCACCUUAGAGACUUUCAUGCUGUCAACAUCUACCUGUACGCAUCAGUCAACUCAUUUUUCUCCUCUGAAAUUGAGCCAAAACAAGGAGUUUUGUGUUGUGGUCUUUGUACGGCACGGCGGCCCUCGACCACAGGCUGACUUUACGGAGACAAACCUGCACACACAGAAGAGCAAUACAUACUGAUCAAAGUGUUUGUUGAUGUCCAAAAUCAAGAGUCAAAGGGUCAAGGUCAGCCUCGCUCUGUUUCUGAAGCAGCUUCAAGUCGCGUUGUGAGGUCUCUCAGCUGGUCAUUCACUCUGCAGCAUCUUUGUUUCUUUGUUAGUUUUUUUUCUUAUUGUCUGCUUGUUUUCGUUUUUUUUUUUUUUAAGUUUCAUAAUCAUCACUUGAAAUGUUCUCACCUCACUUUGGGCGGUUUUGUGGGUUAUCUCCAGAAGUUUGGUGAUUAAAAUGCAGGCGUUGCACACCUAGUUACAUACAUACGCCGCUUUGCAAAACUGUUCAUCCUUGAACUAUUUGACAUUCGUUGUGCUACCAUGACAAGCAUAAAUGUAUGAUCCUGGGAUUUUAUGUGGUAGACCUAUAGCAGUAGUGUGUAGCUGUCAAGUGGGAGGACACUGAUACAUUUCUAUUUCCAAAGCAAAUGAGUGAAAAUCUGACUCCCCUGAGUCAGUACUUUAAACGUCUGACCUCUUUGCAGAACAGCAGCAAGCAUCCUGAAAUCCAGGUGGACUUCUUUUAAAAGCUUAUAAAUUCACUUCUCUUCAUUUAGAGGUAUCACAGUAGAGGGGGACUGAAAAAAUAAGCACAUCUUUUUUUUGUUCCCCCUCCACAACCAGGCACUACUAUGAAAAUCCCCAUAAAACCACAUUAAAGUUUAUGGUUGUGACAUGGUGAAAUGUGAACAAGUUCAAGGAGUCUGAAAACUUUUGCAAAGCACUGCACAUAAUACAGAUAUUAUUAUGAAAUUGUUGCAUUAUAUCACAGAAGAUUAAGACUUUAGAUGCAGUUACUGGCAGAAAUGUCUCUCAGAAAACAUCACACUUGACCUCAAUCAGGGAAUUCAAUUAAAAGUAUAUUUUUAUAGUCCUGAAGGCAAAUGUCUUUUUUUUUUUUUUGUUGCAACUCUUUCCAGCACUCUUGAUGCCGUUUAAAAGCUUCAGGCUUUAGGUACCGAGCCAACCGAUAUUAUGCGAUCUACUGCUGCCAAAUGCAGUUAUUGGGCAGAAGCCAGUAAAAAGACACAUCAACCUUUUUUUCCUGAUUAAGGUAUCGUGAAACCCAUAUGCUUUUACACUAACACACACACACACACACACACACACACACACACACACACGCACACACACACACGCGCACACGUCAGAAGCUCUCACUUUUAGUAAAGAAGCCAAAUCCAGGGAACAGUUUUUCACACGUGCAGAGUUUGUGCGGCCCUCUCGUAUGUUACCAUUAUUUAUGUAUAUUGUUUGUGCACAUGUCAUUACGCCCAGUUGUAUUAUCGUUUUGGCAACAAAAAAAAAACAUAUUAGCACCUUCUUUGUUUAUUGAGAUGAUUUUCAGAUAAUUUUAUUUCAGAUGUCAAUUUAUAAACAAAUAUUCGUCAUAUUUUAUCAUCCGUAUAAUGUAUUAGGACAUUUUUUGUGUGUGUGUGUGUGUGAUUGAGGGGCUCUUCAUGUGACGGCUUGUAACUCUUUCUCUUAUGUAAAAAAAAAAAAAAAAAAAUACUGUUUCUUGGAUUUUUUGAAAUGUUGUAAUAUAUGUGAUAGUGGAGAUACAAAGCUAUUACAAAGUUCUACAACUUGUACAUACAACGGAGAAAUAGGGCUUUUGAUUCGUAGACGCAGGAGAUACAUUUAUACGCGUAAAGUCUUUUUUCUGAGACCGUAAUUUAUCUAAUUUGAUAUACAGCGAAAAUGGGCUAAAGGUGUCCAUCAUGUAAAUGGUCAUUAUGUGAUGUUAUAUAACAGCUUUUUCUUUACUAUUAUUAUUAUUACUGUUCUGGUUCGGGGUUCAACAAGUUCACGAUCAAAUGAUUAUUGUUUUAUUUUGUAAGGCUGCACCAGUGUUUGCUAGAAACAACAAAUUAUUUAUAUACACUGACCGUAUUAAGGUACUUGAAUGCCUGUGUUGGUAUUUUGCUAUUUUACAGUAGAAACCAGGUAUUUACGCAUACAUACGCAUAUUUUGACUCACUUUCUGAUAUUAAAUAUGAUCAAAUGUUUCCUGUUUUAGGUCAGUUAGGGUCAACAUAUUAUUAUUAUUUUUAUUUACUAAAUGCCAGAAUAAUGAGAUCAGUAUUAUAUAUUUUUUAUAAUGACAAUAAAUCAGAAACUCACUAAAUUUUUGAUUCCUCUCCGGAAGCUUCUUACGGUAUUCUGCUGGAAUUUGGUCCUAUUCCUGACAGAACUGUUCUGAUUGAGUCAACACACACACACACACACGCACACACACGCACACACACACACACACGCACACACACACACACACACGCACGCACACGCACGCACACACACAACUUUUCAGCUCUACCUAAAACGUCCCAUGGGACUGUGGUCAGGAUUAUGUCACUGUAACACUCCAGAACAUUGACUUUCCUGAUUUUGAGUUGCAUCGUAGCUAAUCUGGUGGGACGCUUAGAACGAUCACCCAUCUGGAGGACACAUUUGUACCCGAGCUUUAAACUUUGAGGCUGAUAUCUUGAGACGUUGCUGCAGUUAUUUCCGCACAUCUGCUUUGUGAAGUGCACCGAUCCUUCCUGCAGCUAAACAAACCCGCAACAUGAUGCUGCCAGUCCCAUAAACUUUUCCAGAAAACAUGGCAGUAGUCGUCGUGGUCAAACACUUCAAUCAUUUCAAUUGUUGUUGUUUUAGUUAAGAAGCAUUUUUGGCACGCGUGGCCUUUAUUCGGCUGCAAUCUGAAGGGCCUUUCAGCCCCGUUUGAUACAAGACUAGUUUUCACAAGAUUCGGCUGAUUUCAUUUGAUUUGGCCAUGAUGGUACAAAUGGAAGCAGCACAGUUUUAGUGCAUGUAAAUCUCAGUAUUUAAAGAAAAUAAUUAUAAUAAUAAUAAAAGAAAACAUUAUUCUGGAAUUUAGGAAAUGGAAAUAACUCUGGUAAUUCUGACUUUCCUAAAACAAGUCAAGUUUUGUCUGUCCAAAUCACAGAAGGUGAGGAGAAAAACGGUUUGUCUCUUUUUAAUACAGUGUAUGUAAACAUCUGGUUUCAACUGUACCUGAACAACAACAAUGAAGGAAAAAAAAAAAUAGACAAAUCAAUCACAUAUCAACAAAACGCGCUCUUUUUUCAGUAUAUCUACAUUGGAUGCCUUAAUACACCAGUGUUUAAACAAUUCAGUCAGACUUGAAGGUGACAUCUCUAUGGAGACAGGGUGUUAUCGUAUUCCCCCAACCCCCCUCUCUGCACACCGCAUCUCUUUCCUCAUUUUGAAGCAUAAUUUUGUUACGGUAACCAGGGUCAAAGUUAUGCAAUAAUGAUAAAUAGUGCCUCAUAUCACAAACUUGUAAUAUCACCUGCCCUGUGCAAUGUUUCGAUUCCAACAUGUGUUCUUCAAUUGCUACUUUUCAAAAGGGGAAAUAAUGAUUUCUUUUUAUUAUGGAUGUUAUUUGGGAAUAAUAAUAAUAAUAAUAAAGCACAGACAACAAUAUGCAAGUAGGACCUCUGACAUUGAACCAUCUCUUCGCACUGAGCCUUAUGUCACGGUGUCAAACUCACCGCAACACGCUCACCGGUUUGAAGCACACGUCAUUACUUUGGCUGCAAUAAGUCCUCCUCUGUCAGGGGGAUAAACCUGAGUUACGAAGGCCUCUGGAUGUUUCAGCUUCAGCACAGUGAUUUCAAAUUAGGCCACCAGGAAUCAAAUCCACAGUUUGGUAGUUUAUGCCUUUGUUAAUGAUUUGAGACGUUCAAUCAGAUAAAAAUAAAAAUACAUAUGUAUUUUAAUUUCUGUUUAACAUCUGAUUUCUGAUUUUUUUUUUUUCUCUCUCUUCUGGUUUUGAAAACUUAAGUAGUGAAGCCAAUGCCUAUGUUUCAAGUUUGCUAAUAUUACGUACAGUAAUUGUUGUUUCUGUAUUUAUGUAAAGUGAGUGUUGUGUAAAUAUAUUCAGAUCUUUUCAUUCUUACCGUGAGGACAAAAAAGAAAAAAAAAAAUGUGAUUACGCUUCAAAAGGGAGAUUCUGCUAAUGGGGAAAAAAAAGACAUUUUUAACCCUGGUAUUUUUAAAAAGAGUAAUUUUAAAAACAGGUGUCCUUCUGUUUUCUCUUUUUUUCCUGUUACAGUUUUAUUUUCUCCAAAAGUUGUUUGAGUAACAAGUCAGUGUUUUUUGCCUUUUGUUUUUUUUUCUUGUACCUUUUUUUUUUUUUUUUUUUUUUUAAAUGGAUGGAGCUGUGAAAUUAAGAUAAGUUCAAACAUAUACGUGUAUAUUGAAAUGAAUGGAGGCAUGAAGGUUAAUAAAGUUGCAUUUUGUAUGUAACACUACUGGGAUGGAGCCCCUUUGCUAUCUAUGAUUGGGAUGGAUGGAAUGUGGUUUCGGUGACACAUUCGAGUGACAUCUGAGAACCGUGCUCACGCCGGCAUUCGGAAACCUAAUCUGGAUUUGGGGGAAACCAUUGGUGUGGAGCGCAGCUAGCGGGACGCUAGGGCUGCAGGGCCGCCCCCUGAGCCAGCUGACGGAGACAAGCAGCUUCAAUCCACAGAAAAUCCACAAAGACAGCAGCAAAAUUUACAUUAACAGUGUUGUGAAAAAGCGUUUUCCACUGUACAGAUGAUUUUUUUCCCAAUUUCAUUUAGUUCCCUUAGAUGUUCCACAUCUAAGGGAUGUGAAACAUCUUAUACCAGACGUAUACUGGUAUAAGAAAUAAUCUGAUACCAGUAUCAGAUUAUUUCUUAUACCAGAAAUAAAAAGAAAUAAAAACUGUUUUGAAAUCAUCGUUUUGAUAUUUAGGACAAGAAAAGUAUUUAAAGAAAAAAUCUGACCCUAUGCGAAAACAUAGCUGCCCUCCCCACAGUUCACAACAUUCAGCAUAAUCUGAGUUGACUUUUAAUUCCAGACUUGGACUAGGCCAUGCCAGGACCUACUUUUUUUUUUUUUUUUAAAGAACUUGCUUGUUUACAUGUUCCAUCAACUUACUGUACAUUGUCCUGAGACAGGAAACCAGUGCUUGAACAUCAUGUUUGAAUGUCUGCAUGAUGUUCUUCUCCUGAAUUGCUUUGUUCGCUUUACUUCAAAUAUAAGAAAACGCUCUGCACUGUA